CUGCUGAGGCCCGGUAGGAGAUCUUCCUGACAGCAUCGGGAUAUGUAACUGGCUGACAAUCUCUUCCUCUAAAAAAUAGAAGUAGUUGACUUUAAUUAUUUCAAGUCAAUGGCACUGACACCAGAAGACUACGUUGAGGAGGCUAGAUCACUUUAUGAUUUUGGGUAUCCCCCAACCGAAUGUCCCCCGUACAUGAUGAUAUAUCAUUCGUUGCAGAAGUUGUGCAAGAAGCAGAACUUCAUCAUAGAGGGAAGCAUGGACCAGACCGCGCUAUCACAUGCCUUUCAAGUGUUUCCCCAAAUGAGGGAGCUGACGCUUCAUUUCUGCACGGUACUGGAAUGCAAUGAAUGGCUGGAAUCAUACAUCAAGCCGGACAUGACGAUGACAGAGAAAUCUUAUGAGCAUCAUGUGCAGGUGAUGUCAAAUGCCCUCGCUCUUGCUCGUCUCAGGGGCGGUCUGGUUGACACAAUUCAUCUAUCGGGGCUACAGCUCCGGCCGCACCAUGUCAAGCUGUCAGAUCUGAUGGCGAUGUCUGGAGCUUUGCAGGAACUUUUGAGCGGUAUGCGAAAACUUCGAGUGACGCAGUCCCAGUCGGCUUUGGAUUUGCUCUCUCAGUGCGCAUUGGACGUGUGUCAAAUCGACUUAUGUUCGUUACUGGUCAACUAUGAAACUUUGAGAAAUCUUCUAGUCAUAAACAAGAGCUCCCUCGUUUCAAUCGGGUUCCAUAACGUGCAACUAUCGGAGAUGCCGGAACGCAUUCCGCCUCAACUGACAGCGAACCUCUUGCUUAAAAUUCUGAGUCAGCCAAAAAAUGCGCCAACUUUAGAGACAAUCUGCCACUGUGUGCCAUAUGGGAAUAGAAAUCAAAGGCUAUUAUUGGAGGAAACAGCCAGAUCAACUUCUUAGCUAGCUUAACAUAAUGCAAUUUGA